CAGACUCAAGCGAGCACAUCAUGCGUCUGCCUGAUACUCGCGGCGAGCGGAGCAUAGAAGUGCUGUUUCCUUCAUGGGCUAGAGAUCGUCUCCAAGCACAAGGAUAUCGCGUGGAAUCGCGAAACCACGGCAGCGACCUCGACGUUCCACGCCGAGCUACCAUCACUCUCUCCAGAGACGACUACACAAUCCGCAUUGUGUACCAAUAUUGGUGCAACAUGUUCUCGCAGCCCGUCGGGGUCACGAACCUGAUCACCUCCGUCUACACAUCCCAUCCCGACGCAGCACCCAGCGAGUCCGUUAACAGAACCCAGGCUGUUCCGACGCCCGCCCGCGCAGAGACGUUUCACGGCAUCGUGACGCUCCAGGCUGCGGUCGGACGGAAGAGGUGCGAGGAGACGAUCAACGUCUCUCUCGCGGACCAAGGAGUGAUCUUGCGGAUCUGGCUCGAGCUAGCGUCCGCCGUUUGCUACCACUUGCGGAUCUCGGACGAGGGCCCGCCACCAAACCCGGCCCAACCCCCUUGGGUAGCGAAGUGGUGGGAACGCGCUCAAAGGUACAUCAAGAGACGCGAGGCAGAGGAGGCGACUGGCGUCAUAGCCCCUCAUCCGGGUAGGAUCGCGUUGGGUGGGGGUUGGGAGUACGAGCUAUCCUCGUCAACUCACGACUCGGAGGAGGAAGCUAGUGCGGAUUCGUCCUCGUCGUACUACAAUUUCCUGUAGUACGGGGCGUUUAUAGCUUAGCUGAGGCUGCACAAUGCGUUCGAAUUCAUUGUCUCGACGCCAAAUAGUGUACUCGGGUCGAGGC